GGAGAGAGAGAGAGAGUACUUGGGGAGCUGUAGCCUACUUAGCGAGAAAAAGAUACUGAAACGAAUUCAGCCUUUUGCGUACGCAGCUUUACACAGUCUCACCCAGACGGCAGAAAGAAGCGAGAACACGGAGGAAGAGAAAUAAAAAAGACAAACACAAGGAGUCUAGGCUGAUGCAUCUCUGUGAGAGCUUCCAUUUCACGGCGAUUACAGUUUGAAGCGGUGGAGACUGCACAUUUCACCGAGAAACGCAGCGCUUUUCUCUCCUCCAGAGUCAGUUUCCUAGAGCGGCUGCUGGUGCGCAAAGACACUUUUUUUCCCCUGUCGACACGGACAGUAUUUCAUAACAAGCCUGUUUACUUGGACUAAAACCAGGUCGCCCAGCUCCAGUACGCUGCAUCUUAUUGGAGACUGGAAUUUGCAGCUCAAGACGCAGAAAGGAAUACCCGACGGUUCAAGUUUUCCUGGAGUUGCGCAGUGACAGAAAGAAAGAAACAUGGGAAUUAGUGGUUAUCUGGCGGUGCCUGGGAAAUGCCUUGUCGUCCUCGGACUUAAAUUGUUAUUCCUUGUACCUGCAGGAGUUCCAGCCAGGAGCGGGGAUUCUGUAUUAAAGGACAACAUCACCGUGAGACAGGGGGACAGCGCCGUGUUAAAAUGCAAUGUUGACAGCAAAGUGUCUCGAGUGGCGUGGCUCAAUCGCACCACCAUCCUAUUUGCAGGGAGUGAGAAGUGGUCUCUGGACCCUCGCGUCAUCCUGAUGGAAAACACAGCGGCCACAGAAUACAGCAUCAAGAUCCAAAAUGUUGACGUCCACGAUGAAGGGCCGUAUGUCUGCUCCAUCCUCACCAAUAAGAAACCAAAAUCUACAAAAGUGCACCUCAUUGUCCAAGUACCCGCCAGGAUCACUAACAUAUCCAGAGACAUCACAGUGAACGAGGGGAGCAGUGCCAGUCUCAUGUGCCUGGCAGUCGGUCGACCCGAGGCAAACAUCAUCUGGAAGCAUCAUUCUCCGAAAGGCACUCACAAGUUUCUGACAGAGGGAGAACAUCUGGAGCUGAGAGGCAUCACCAAAGAGGAGUCAGGAUCGUAUGAAUGCAUUGCCUCUAAUGACAUCUCAAGCACUGAUGUCAGGACAGUACAAAUCACCGUGAACUAUCCUCCCUUCAUCUCUAAAGCGAGGGGCACAGGAACUCCGGUUGGGCAGAGAGGAGUCCUGCAGUGCGAAGCGUCCGCUGUGCCGAGGGCAGAUUUUGAGUGGUACAAAGAAGACCGCAGGCUCUUCAACGGACUAAACGGGGUAAAGAUAGAGAAUCAAGGUAAACAAUCCAUGCUCGUCUUUUUCAACGUCUCGGAAGAGGACUACGGGAACUACACCUGUGUUGCCAUCAACACCAUGGGAAUCACUAAUGCCAGCAUAAUCCUUUAUGGUCCUGGCGCGAUGCAUGAUGUGAAUGGGGCAGCCGUGUUGCACCGUUGCUCUGUAUGCCUUGUGCUGACAGUAUCCUCACUCUACCUGCUGAAGUUCUGAUGUGAAAUGUAACAACCCUCAAGUUCCUCUCAGCAUCGAACAGCAAGAACAGACUAUUAGUCUCGUAAGAAGAAAGGAAACCCAAAAGUGGCAGUCGUUCACCCUUCUUUUUUUCUUUUUCUUUCUGGUUUUGCACCAGUCUGCUCUCCGUCUGUUCCCCAUGUCAGAAGCAUCAAGUAAGGGGAAAUUAUAAAUCAUGCACUAAAUGGAUGACGGUAGAGCUACUGAGUUGCAUAUCCCCAAACCUUUUUUUUUUGUAUGUGGAAAAGGAAAAAGAAAAAAAUACAUGUUACUGUUGAUAGAUGACUGUUUAUUGCCCAAUAUUGAAGUGUACAUUCAGAUUAUUAUUGUCAUGUCCUGUUCAAUAUCUGUACAAUACCAUUAAGCUUUUUUAAGUAAAUGACAAAAAAGGGAAAAAAUGCAAUGUGAUUGUUGAAUUUUACUGUAUUUUUACAGUUGUAUGCAAAACAGAGUAACAGAGCCUAAACACAUCAGAACAAUAGAUAGUACGCCAUGAUGGUUUCUCAGGCAAAGUCCUACAGCAUAGUGCAUCCAAAUUUCCAUGGUAGUGUGUGUAGAAAAUGAACAAAAGUGUACAAAAAAUCCUGCACUGUUUCCAAAAUACGUACUCUUAUCAAAUAGCAUUUUUGAACACCUAAUCACAGAGUCAUAGCAGCUCCACACUGACAGUCUGAAGUCACAUUUCAGUAUUUCAUGUAAAGUGUCAUUUAUUAAAAAAAUAAUAAUAAUUGGUCAGUGAGCAGCUUCACCUCUGUACAAUGAACUAAAUAUUUCAAACUAUAACACAUAUAACAUCUCUGUUAACCUCCAUCUCUACUUUUCAUUAAAGAACCAGGUUAUGUGAGCGAAGUGGCACCAUGACACUGCAACGACUUUCCUUUAUUUUCUUUUGCUGCUACAGCCAUUUUUUUAAAUCUGCAACUAACAAUCUGAUUUACUCUGAUGCUGGGAUAAAAAGUAGUUCCAAAAAAAUGUAUUUAUAAACCCAAUAUAUAUAAAACAUUUUAGACAAAUAAACUAAGCCCAUAAAGUUUCAUGGGCAGCUUUUUCAAUCACUGAGUCGAACAGGUUGCAGCUUUUCAAGUUAUGAUUGUUGCUUUCUUUUGUCCACUGAUCCUCAAUCGGAAAAAAAAAGAUGCUCCGGUUCUUAAUAAUAAAUGGUUAGCCUCUAAAAAAUAUGUCUUCUGCAAACUAUCUCUAUAACUGCAUCUAGUCAAUAAAAGUUAACAACAAUAACCGUUUAUAUUUUUUCUUAAAGUCAACAUUGAAAACCCAAUGACUUGUAUGAAACCCUGCUGAGACUUUUCCAACAACUCCUAUGAUUCAAAUGCUGUCUGUGAUGACAUGCGAUAAAGCCUGGUUGCUGGAGUUGCAUUAUGGGCAAUUAAAUAAUCACUUAAUCCUACUUAUUACUGAAAUGUAUUUGUAAGAAGUAAAUGGCAUUGAUUUUGUCAAUUAAGAAAAGUGAAGAAUGAUCUCAAUGUUGUAAUGUACAGAAAUGUAUUACACCUGAAUGUUUCAUCACGUGAUUUAAACAACAGUAAUGCCUCCCUUACAGCCAGUCUCCAACCAGUGACAAAGCUGGGUGUUAAUCCAAAUCAUCCUCAUUGUUAAAUAUCUGGAAAAGGCUGGUGAGCAGUAGUCCUUUCUCUCUACUUAGACAGGCACUUCUGUACCAUGCAUUACAUCACCUGGUCAGCAAAACCUUCCACAUGAAGCCAACCAGGACUUUGUAGCUGGGACUUUGUCAGCCCUACUCUGAUGGUGUGACUGUAGUACCAGUUAAGCAAGCAGACCUGUAUGGAAUCAGGGAAAGGACAUUUUUAUAUCAUCUAAGCCAAUGAAGAGUUUGAGUGUAGAUUAACCCCGACCCAAUUUGUACCCAUCUUUGGAAGACCAUAGAGAAAAUGUAGACAAUUAUGUAAAACCAGAGCGUCAAAAGGAGGGGGACUUUUGCUUAUGUGAAGACAAAAGGUUCCAACAAAUAUAGAAAAAAACACUGGAAAAGUUCCGGAAACAAGUACUGUAUCUUGAAAGAAAAAUAUCCCUCCAUAGAUGGACAGGUGGCUUCGGACUCUGAAUGUGCAGAAUACUGUACGGAUUGGUAACCAACAGCCGAAAGAUUUUGGAGUCAGGUCUGAGUCAGAUAGGACACAGGAAUCCCUGUUUGAUUCAAGUCAAUGCUUAUCUUCAGCCAGGCUCAAAGUGAGGCACAGUGCAACCCACAUGUGGCAUUGUUUAUUUCUGAUAGACACACUGUCAGCUUAGUGCCCAGCUUGCACCCAUAUAUUCUCUCAUGGGCUUGUUAGUCUCAAAAUGAGGUGCUGACAGGGGGAUUAAUGGCGUAUGCUAUCUUAAGGCAGAAGAAAAGGAGUACACCACAGACCAAUACAAACCUGCUCUGAGGCCUAUGGUGCAUUAGGGUUUCUGCUUUUGGAUGCCAGAAAACAAGGACAUGAUUUUUUUUUUGCUACCUCUUCCCUCAUCUACUCCACCUCAGGGAGACUCCUGCUCAAUCCGCAUGGGUAAAAAAAAAAUCUAGCCCAAGUCUGGCCUCCAGCUGUUCUUUAUACACUCCCUCUCUGUUUGUGCUACCUACAAAAAUAACACUGUAAUUCUUACAUAACCCCUGUAAUACCACUGCCCAACGUAUGCAUAAGAAACCCUUCGGCAUGAGCAAUAGGCUCCAAUGGUAGGAUGUUUUCACAAUUGACUAUUUUUCUUUAAGUUAAUAAACUUCUCAUUCGAAUUUGCUGUUAUUAUGUUAUUGUUAAAUGUGUCUAAUUGGGACUUCAAGGGUUUCCUUGAAAUGCACGUGAACUAUGCAGGACAUUACCCUUGACAGAAACCUUUCCUUUGCAUGCUAUGUGUCCCAAAUUGCCCAGAUGCAACCCUCAGCAACCAAGUGAAAUUGAAUUCAAUGAUGCCAUUUCAAUCAAGAAUGUUUAUUGGAAAUGUCUAAAGACUAUCUUAUGAGUUGGUUUGGCUUAAUGCAGUUUAGUUAACCUGUUAUCUGAUUCUAUUGUUGUGAAGUUUGACCAAUGGAGGGUAAUGAAAAUAAAUGUGCAUCAGUCUGCAAUGUAUCACUUGACACUGAUGUAACAUAUCUGCAGCAGUGAAAAGAGGAAUUGUUGUUUUCAUUAUGUUAUACCACAAGCAAAAGUGAAAAGCUAAUUUAAACAAACAGCUUAUUCACAUGUAAUACAUUUCUCCUACCAUUGAGGUAAUAUGCAAACAUACUCUUUCAGCCAACAACUUGUUCUAAGAUAUUUAUCAUCCGAGUGUGUCAUUCGAAAAGGUGGAGAAGCUGGAUAAAGGUCUUUUAUUCAAACCUCAUUUAAAAUACACCAGAGGAGGCAUGCUUUGACAUUUUCAUCUACAAAGCUGGCACACAGCUCCAGUCCAUAUCCAAUCCGCUGAUGACAAAGCUAGCAUAUUUCACAAUCAACAAGAGAUUGUGAAGUCAACCUUAAUAAAUGUUCUGUGCAGCUGCUAUGAAGCUUUUUUCGGGUGUUAUGAAUGUGUGCUGUUAACCUGGUUUGCCCCGAGAUAACUGGCAGACGCUGCUCUGAAGACUGCAGAUGUGAUUGUUGUGUUCUGUGGUCGUUGGAUGCGUUAUCAAGGAUCUUUUUUAGUCUGCCUUGGACAGAAAUUUUCAGUGACAAGAAUAUAAAGCACAAGUGAUUGAUUUUGUGAUAUUCUGCUUUUGUCCGGUUCACUUCUGUGCAUACCUAUGAAGAAGUGUUGAAGACAAAACAACAGGGAUGAUGUACGUGGGAAUGCUUUUGCUGUACUCACAUGUAAAGUUUUGUGCUUGUAAUGGUGGUGAACCAGUUGGCUGCAGACUGUCGCAGUUUAUGAACUCUUGAGAAUUUUUGAAAAACACAAAACAGGUACGAAAAAGAUACCUGGUAGUCUAAAGUGAAGGGUCACUGUACUCCUUUCCACCCCAAAUGAGAGGACAUGAGGAGUAUUGAUGUCAAUAAUCUUGAAUCAAUUUGUUUAAAUGUCCCAUUAACAAAUACAAGAUUUAACUUAAGGUUUAUUUGUGCAUAUAAUCAUGAACAGUUUAAGCUGUAAUUUGUUUUUGCUUUUACUUUGUUUAUUGUUUUGUAUUUUAUGUUGUAGGGAUUUUAGAUUUAUGCAUUAAACUUUAUCUAAAAGUCCUCCUAAAUGCAUACUUCUCUGGGCAUUUUAAAGUCUGCUGUUAUUACAACUAUUAUUAUUAUUAUUAUUAUUAUCAUUUUGAAGGGAUGAUUUUAAAAUGUAUAAUGGCUGCUUGUGUGACCUGUUUGAAAUGUUUUUCUUUUUCCCAACCUUUUUGGAGGUUCAGCAUAUGGUAGACACUAUUGUGGUAUAAAGUCAUGGUAUCAUUUGAUUGAGAGAUUGCAAAAAUGUCCAUAAACUGGUUAAAUGUCAA